AUGGCUCAGGAGCCCUCUCGUUAUCUCUCAAUAGGCAACCAAACAUACUAUAUCGCGUUGGAGCAGAAGCUCGCCAGCCUUCCAUCCCUGCUCACCAAGAAGCUUGCUCGUUUCGAAGACGACUUCAUCUCGUGUACUGCCGUAGAAUGGACCGACCCAGACUUCACACCUUCUGAUCUUGAAUCGGCUUGCGAGAGAUUCAACAACGCGGAUGACGUGUGGUCGAAGAGCUUCUUGUCGCUUAUUAUCCUGUUGCAACCAAGUGAUCUUAGAUGUGGCAUCAAAAGCAAGCGGGUAUUGGCACUUGACAAGUCAAAGCACAGAUUGACAGAGGGUCCGUAUGUGGUUUCAAAGUCGACCGGCCAUGUUUUCCCUGUUUUCCGGAUUCUUGAUGAUACUCACAAAGCUUUCGUGAGCGGCAUCAUUCAAAAGACAGCCUCGUCGUCAAUUUCACAGGAGCUGACAGUGGCAAAUGGUCUACCAGUGCCUUCUAGAUUGUAUCAUGGUCAUGACGACAGACCCCUGGCAGGUUUGCGCUUUGCCGUCAAGGAUACGAUCGCACUCAAGGGAACUAAGACAGGAUAUGGCAAUCGAGCUUGGUUCGAAACUUGCUCUCCUGAAAAGAGAACCGCUCCAGCCAUCAAAGUACUCCUUGAUGCAGGUGCGGUCUUGAUUGGUAAACUCAAGACAACCGAGUUUGCCGAAGGCACAGAUCCUUGCGAGUGGCUUGACGAUAUAUGCCCGUACAAUCCGAGAGGCGAUGGGCAUCAGAAGCCAUCCUCUUCUAGCACUGGAAGUGCCGCGGCAGCUGCUGCAUAUAACUGGUUGGACUUCACCGUCGGUACAGACACUGGUGGUUCAAUCCGUCACCCAGCCGGUGUCCAAGGACUGUAUGGGCAACGACCCUCUCAUGGCUUGAUCAGUCUAGACGGUGUCCUAGGUGCGACGGAUCUAUUCAAUACCGUUGGUAUCUUUGCGAGAAAUGUGGAAAUAUUUGCUCGGGUUGGGUCUUAUUUCGUCGACCCCAUGAUUGAACGACCGCUUGCCGUCACCACAGGCCGCAAGUAUAACCUGCUCUACCCAACCCGAGCACCGCAGAUCGACAACCCGGAUCAGCAUCACCAUGGCCAGCAUCGGUGGUUUCCUCAUCCGUCCGUGGACUUUUCUUUCUGGUCCGAAGCCGAGAAGAGGAUCGAAGGAGUGGUCCGGGAUCUGGAAGUACAGCUCAACUGUGAGAGAAUAGCAUUCAACAUCAAUGAGCUUUGGCGGGCGACUCCGCCAAUUGGUCAGCCUCGCUCUCUCGACGAAGCAGUCGGGCACAUCUACUCAGCCAUCACAACGGCAUCGGCUUUCCACGGAGGACUUGAUAAGUUCAUCCAAGAUUAUGUGGCUGCAAAUGGGGGCAGGUUUCCCAAGAUCUCCGAAGUUGUUAGUCGUCGUCUUGAAUAUGGGCGCGCUCUGCCACCCCAGAAGCUGGCUGACGCCCUUGAGGCCAUGCAAGCUUUCAGAGAUUGGACUGAAACCACGCUCUUUGGGUCGUAUGAUCAGGACGCGACAACUCUCUUGAUCUUCCCUCAGUCUUGUGGUCGUCCAGAUUACCGUCACGAUGUCCCCGAUCGGAAAGAGCUUUUCAACGAUACUUUCAGUAUCUACUCUUUCGGCUACCUGGUCGGAUGCCCGGACUACACCAUACCUGUUGCAGAAGUCCCCUAUCACUCGACGGUGACCAACAAGACCGAACAUCUCCCAGUGUCGAUCAGCUUAAUCGGACGCCCAGGUUCGGACCUGGAUCUUUUCAACGUGCUGCUACAAUUGCAUAGCGCUGGCGUUAUUUCGAGCGUGGCCGCUGGAUCACGAGUGUACCCUCAGGACGCAAUCGACGACGACUUUACUAUGUCCACAUGAGAGAUGAACUUCGGCGAGGAUGACCUGGUGCGAAGUUCUAUGGCGGCUAUUCUAUCUAUUCUUUGGUGCAUUAGCAAUCGGCGAUACCAAACAGGCUUAGGUUGCCUUGACUUCUUUGCAUGGCGUUGCGAAUGAUGGAAUGACUGUGGUUGUCUGCAGCGUAUUCAAGCAUGAUAGAUGAUUAAUGAAGCAUUGCUUUUGGCUUCUCAGCAAAGCCAUUUCGGAGUG